UUGUGUAGGCUACAUUCAUUUGUGUUGGUUUUGAAAUGUAUGUAUUGAGGAUAGAGGACUAAACUUGAUGAUUGUAUUGAUGUUAAAAAAUAUACUUGCUGACAACUUUUAUAAGCGACAAUGAAAGUGAAACCAUAUCUCAAAGGGGGGCAUUAAACAAAAAUGAAAGUGAAAUAGGAUUUUGGACCACUCUUGAAAGACAUUCGGUUUUCAUGAACAUUUUUAACAAUUUUGUACCUUCUCUUGGCCCUUUUUUUUAAAAACUGUUUUAUGCUGUUUCACGGCAGAAGUACUUGGAGUAGGUUUUUGGUGCCGAGUCCGGUUCGGUGGUUUACCUAAAGAUGGCCAACACGAAUUGGGAGUCCAUCCAAGCAGGCUUCAUGAAAGAGGAUGAGGAGGACAAGAUGGUGGACAUAUUACAAGAAAGAAGACACAGUAGUGACCUGGGCCACGCCUUCAGAACCUUCAACCCCCACCUGUACAAAGGGGCGCCACCGUGCUCUGCCGCAGACCUCAACAGGACUGUGCUGGACUCCCAGGAUGUACGCCGCGUGGUGCAAGAGGUUGCCAUGGAGACAGGAUUGUCACUGGAGGCGGUGACAGAAGAAGCCGCGGGUAUUUUAAAGGAGAUGUCACAAAACUUGCACCUGGGUUUCAUCCGCCUAAUGGGCUUCAUGCUCAGCAAAGUGCUCAAACGCCUCUACUCCAGUAUCUAUGUCAACAUGGAAGCCCUCCACAUGCUGCAGCAGGUGGUUGCCGACACUCCUGUCGUCCUGCUGCCCAAUCACAGGAGCUACACAGACUUCCUGGUUAUCUCCUACAUCAUGUUCACCUACGACAUCCCGCUGCCUGUCAUUGCUUCCGGACUGGCUCUGGCCGGGAUGAACUUCGUAGGCGAAAUGCUGCGUCGCUCAGGAGCGUUCUACAUCCGAAGGGACAUUGCGUCCAACAGGCUGUACUGUGCAGUGCUGUCGGAGUAUGUCAAAAGCCUCAUCAGAACAGGAUUCGCUCCGGUGGAGUUUUACAUCGAAGGCUACAGGAGUCGCUCUCUGAAAUCCUUGACACCGAAGCUAGGUAUGAUGCACAUGGUGCUGGAUCCCUUCCUGAAGGGAGAGGUGCAAGACAUCACCUUUGUGCCCAUCAGCAUCAGCUACGACCGGCUUCUAGAAGAAUCUCUGCUGGCGCGGGAACUGCUGGGGAUCCCCAAACCGAAAGAGAGCACCCUGAGUCUACUGAGGGUCAGCUGGGUCCUGACGGAGGACUACGGCUGCAUGCACGUCAAAUUUGGUCGUCCCAUGUCGGCCACACAGCUGUGUCACGGCAGGACAAUAGAGGUUCCUGAGUACCAGGUGUGGGUCAACUGGCUGGCUCAUGUGAUGGUUCGCAUCCAAGAGCGGGGCUCCUUCACCAGCCCUUGGUCUCUCAUGGCCUGCCUGCUGCUCCAAGAACCCGCCUCGGUCCUGACAGACAGCGGCCUCGCCUGGCAUGGGCUCGCUGAGAGGACGCUUUGGCUCAAGAGGCUGGCAUUGGAAUUUGGGGCUCGGCUAGACUGGCCUGGACACGUCUCUGACUGGGAAGUGAUGUCAUCCGCCGUGGCUCUACACCACCCCUCUGUCCGCCUCCAGGAGCAGCGCGUCUUUUUGGUCCUGGAGGAGGCGGCAGCAGCCAGCCAGCAGCCAAUCAGCGCUGAGGACGAGGUCAACAAGAUGGCGGCGCCCAUGUUGAUGAUGGCGUCCUACCGCAAUCAGACGCUGCAUCUGUUUGUACGGCCCGCCCUGUUGGCCGCGGCGUUGAAGCUUGCAGGGCGCAGUUGCAGAGAUGAGAUCUUUGCUUCCUUCUGCUUCCUUCAGGAUGUCUUCCGAAGCGAAUUCAUCUUCAUUCCUGGCAAAGCCUUGGAGGACUUUGAGGAGGCGUGCUUUCUCCUACAGCAAUGUGGCGCCUUGCAUGCCGUCGACCAACUGGAGGUGACGGCGUUAGAGGACAGUGUGGAGGUGUUGUCCUUCCUGCGUGGGCUCCUGCAGCCUUUCAUUGACUCAUAUCAGGUCAUGUUGAGCUUCUUGUGUGAGCAGGAUGCUAACGAGAUCACAGAGAAAGACUUCCUCCCUGCAGUGAGGUGUCUGGCCUCAAAGCUCAUCCUAUCAGGUGAUCUCCACACCUAUGAGACCCUCUCGUCGGACAUGCAAAAGAACAUCCUGUCGUCCCUCAGGGGACUGGCGGCCGUGACAAAGUUGAAGGCGUGUGAGCAGAAGAAGUACAGCGUGGACAAAGAAGCAGUGAGAAGAAUCGCAGAUACACUUUACUGCUUUUGUCCUCUCAUGACUCGAGCUGGGAAAAUCCGCCCCCAGAUUCUCCAGACUGAACCUGACGCAAGACUUUAGUCCUUGUUGGAAGACGUCCAAGCUCAGUAGCAGACCACAUCCUCGCUCUCACCUCAGAGUGAACCCUUACGCCUUUUGGCUUCGUUCCUCCAUCACUGGUAGAGCUUCAAAGAUAUGGUCAGAAGAUAUCCAAGUGUUAAUGAUGGCACAUUCAUCAUCAAAUUAUUUUUUAAAGUGUGUUUCCUACUAUGGCUGCAAAUUGAACAUGAUAACGUAUGUGAUUAAUUAAAAAAAGUAUUGCAUUAAUCAUGUACAAACAAAGAGCGAUCACAUACGUGCGCCUUCAUCGUAACCGCAUAUGGUUACCUGAAAGGCGGCAUGGGUUGCUGUGUGAAAGGAUGAGUGAGGAGACUACGACUGGUGGCCCACCCCAACGGGACUUUCAAUAAAACCAAGGUCAUUUGCACAUAUUGCAACGAUGAAUUCUCUUAUCGCAGUUUAAAAUAUUAUAUUUAAAAAGCAAAGCAAGUUGUUGAGGCUUCUGCUAGUGAGAACGCUAAUAGUACAUUGACAACAAGCAGUGGAUGACAACAAAGUAUACCCGUGAAAAUGCACCAAGUUAAGCAAAGCUUUUGUAGCAACUGUGAUUAAUCGUGAUUAAUCCAGAUUCAAAAGUGUAAAUUAUCUAAAAUAAAAAAUAAAAAAAGAAUUAGGAAAAAAAGCUAAAUAAAGCUGCUUAAAAUUAGCAUAUAUUUAAAAAAAAUUUUUUUUUUAAAGUCACACAAUUUUGAGACUUUUGUCAUAUUAAAAUGAUUGAUGUCAGAAGAUAUCCAACAGUCUGGGUCUGCGGUUGUUAGGGGAAGACUGAAAUGACAGCAUACAGACAGUUUGUGGAACUGAUUAGGUUAGAAAACACCUCUGUAUGCUAAUGCUGAUGAUUAGUUGAACUCAGAACAGAAAAGUAUUUUUUAAUCAAAAGAUUAGUGACUUUCUCUUGUCCAACAAUGUGUUUGGCACUUUUCAAUCAGACUUUAAGCCCCACCACAGCACUGAAAGAGCGCUGAUCAAGGUGACAAAUGAUAUCCGCCUGAACAGAGAUGCAGGAAAAAUCUCAGUGUUGGUUCUGCUGGACCUGAGUGCUGCCUUUGACACACGGUUGACCAUACCAUCUUAUUGCAGAGGUUAGAAAACUGGGUGGGGAUAUCUAGUUUUGUUCUUAACUGGUUCAAAUCAGAUCUCGAUCACAGGAAAUAAAGUACUUGAAAUUGGAAA